UCUAAGUUCAUCUUUGUGGUCGGGCGAGCAGCAGCGUCGUUGCUGCGUCGUUCUCGUAGUUGUCAGUUGUGCACGUCCGCGAGAUAUGCCGAUAUUGCGUUGACAGUUUACGGCGAGAAGCGCGAAGAAGAAUAUCGUCCAACUGUUAUCUGUGAGGCGUGUACGCGUUUUUGUAUUCGCAGUAGCGCGUUGAUGCAUUAAAGCCUGUAUUGAUUGAAAGAAGAUAAGACAGUAAAGAUUUAUAAGGAAGAAUCAAAAUGUCUCUCUAUCCUACGUUGGAAGAUAUGAAUGUGGAUCAUUUGAUGAAGGCUCAAGCGCAGAUCGAGUCGCAAUAUGCCCUCCCAAAAAUAUCAUCAGGGCCUGCGAUUCCCUCAGCUCCUGCCGAAUUUCCUUCUAUGUCACCGUUGUAUCCAAACUUAGAAGACUUGGGACUGGAUUACAUGGGACUUGAGUUAAGUGAGGAGGCUAUUGCACGAAAUAUGCCCGAAUACACACUUGCAACGCGUCAAAAUAUGGCAGUUAUUUCACCUAAUGAGACAAGGAAUUCAUUGUCAGGAAUGAUUGCUCCUCUGUCCGGACAGUCGAUGGCUUUGCAGAAAGCUUUUGUAACAAAUGGCAUUAGAGAGCUGAUAUUGUGCAAGGAUAAAGAUGGAAAAGUUGGUGUUCGAGUACACUCAGUAAACAAUGGCGUUUUCGUAUGUCUCGUAAGCCAGAAUUCUCCAGCUGCGAUGGCCGGAUUACGUUUUGGCGAUCAAAUCUUAAGUAUCAAUGAAGUGUGCGUUGCUGGAUAUUCGAUGGAUCAAGUACACACACUUUUCCGUAACGCAAGCAUCAACGGAAUUAAAGUGGUCAUACGCGAUAGACCGCUUGAGCGUACCGUAUCGAUGCUCAAGGAUAGCAUGGGUUACGUUGGAUUUCAAUUCAAGAAUGGGAAAAUAAUCGCUUUAAUUAAAGAUUCUUCGGCUGCACGAAAUGGAUUACUAACUGAUCAUCAGUUACUCGAAAUUAAUGGAAAGAAUGUAGUCGGGAUGAAGGAUAAAGAUAUUACAGUAGAGAUUGAAAAUGGUGGAAAUAUCAUCACAGUGACAGUGAUUCCUUCGUACAUUUACGACCAUAUGGUGAAGAAGAUGUCGAGCAGUUUGUUGAAAAAUUUGAUGGACCAUUCUGCACUGGAUCUUUAAGCGGAAAUAAAGUUGCCAAAUUUAUGUAUACUGUGCAUCCAUUAGUGGGCAUGUGCAUUACUCUCUGUAGUUUUACUAGUCUUACGAGCAGAUGACUAUUUUACGUAUAGGCGUUGUCGUAGGUGCCAAGAUGCCAUUCAUAUUAUUGUUGCAAGCACAUUGUAUGUGAUAUCCGUUUAGGACGUGAAGCCUGUGCAUUAUGUGCCAAUUUGGCACUGAUUGGCUGGAAAUUGCGAAAAAAGUGGUAUGUAUAUCUAAGAGAUUAUUUUUUUAUACCGAAACAUACCAAAGCUUGCAAAGAAUAUGCGAGAUAAAUUAUUCCAAUCUACACACAUACGCAAGGAAAAUAUUUCUGGUGUUACUUAUCUCAAUAGCACAUAGGCAAUUAUAUCAUACUAUGUGAUUGUUUCCUCAAAUAUAUAUCUCAAAAACAUUUAUUAAAUCUAUAUUGUUAUAUAUAUGUGUCAGAAAAACUUGUGAUUAUUGCAUUAUAUAUUCACUAAACGCUAAUCACUUAGCGUUUCGUUCCGCUACAUUUACAACUAUUGUCCAUGGGUAUAUAUUCGUCCUUAAAGACGGAAGGAAAACUACUCGCUGUUUCUCUUAUAUACUGUGUAUCAUCACGCAUUGUCAGGGAACUUACCAGGGUAAUACAUAAAGAUACAGGGAGACGGCUCGUUAUCUCGACUCGUUUUCGCUCAUCCCGGAACGCAGACCGGUUCGAUAAGAUGAGACGAGAGAGAGAGAGAGAGAGAGAGAGAGAACGUUAAAGAGCGAGAUCGAGAUUGAUAGAAGAGAUAAGCAGAAAGUAGAUUUACACAGUCACUAAAUUUAUUUUAAAAAUAUCUACGAUAUUUUGCGUUUCUGAAAUAUUGCGUCUACGAUUGUUUGUAUUUCAGGACUGUUGUAACACGUUAAAUGCCGAAUACGACGUUUUCAGGAUCUGAAAGAGAAUUGUAAUGUAAAACAAGAGAAAGAGAGAGAACAAUCCUAUUAAUA